ACGUCAAUAUUUACUUCCGGGGUCUGCUGUAUGAAGAAAUCGCGGGAAACUGUCACACACAGAAAGAAUAAAUUCAGCAUCUGCAAUCACUCUUUACUAGGCCAUGGAAGUCAUUGAGAACGAUAUUGCUGUGGAAUGGAGCGUUGCUGCAGACAAUCCGUUUACACCCAGGGAAGGUCAAUGUUGCUGCGUAUGUGGCUCCAAACUGUAUGUUUUUGGAGGUGUCUUGCAGACAAAUGACGGCGAGAUGACAGAAACCAAUGAACUCCUAAAUUUCGACGCAGAAACAAUGGUUUGGCAGAAAACUGCGUAUAAGAAUGACGCCCCUUCACCAAGAUCAGCUGCUGCUUUGUCAUGUGUUGGGAAGAAGUUGUAUCUGUUUGGUGGUCUCAAUCAGACGUGUGGGUGGCUAGGGGAUCUUCAUGUGUUCGAUACAGAAACACUGACAUGGUCCAGUAUACAAGCAGCUGAUGGCCCUUGCCCGAGAGACAAGCUACAGUCUGUUGCCAUAGACACAAAGAUAUAUUUCUUUGGCGGAUUUGGGCCAAAAGCUACUUUAGCGAUGGAAGAUGAUGGAGAUGAAGAGUAUGAAGAUGAAGAUGAUGAUGAUGAACUCCCCGGGGAUCAGGAGGCAGCAGAAUUUGGCUGGUUUAAUGAUCUCUAUGUCUUUGAUACUGUUACCAACCAAUGGACCCAGCCCCUACAGAUGAAUCUGGGAGUGCCAAGUCCUCGGGCUGCCCAUGGUCUUUGUGCUGUCGGUAAAAAUCUGGUGAUCAUGGGAGGACGCGACACUGAGGAUAGGCAGAAUGACAUCCACAUCUACGACACAGAAACAAGGAAAUGGGAUAUGAAUAUGAACUGCAAAGGGAUACCGCCCAGUCCAAGAUCAUUUCAUACAAUUUCUGCUGUUGGGAACAGAGUUGUGGUGCUUGGAGGAAGAGGGAAAGAAAAUCAGCACUUUGAUGAUGUCAAUAUAUUUGCCCUUGACACCAAGGAGUGGUACCAAGCUACCGUGAAAGGGAAAGCUGCCAGUGGUCGAGGGCAGCAGGCUGUUGGUGUUGUUGGUGAUAAACUGAUAAUGUUUGGAGGCACCAGUAACUUUAGUACAGAGAUUAUGCAGUGUCAGUCCACACACAAUGAUACACUACUACUUAAAACAGAAGACAUCUUAAAAGGUGGACGAAAAGGAAAUCUUAAUGGACAAGCUGAAGCCAGCUGAUAAUGACAGUGGGAUAUCCAAGUUUUAUCUUUUAAAUCCAGUCAUCAAUUCAUGGUUGUAAAAUGAAUGUUUUUCACAAUUCAUCAUUUCUGUCAUCAAAUUUUACAAAAGUAAAGAUGCAGUGCAAAAGAAAAAGACAAAAACCUAGUGCCAGAACUUAUCGUCUUUUAUCGAAGUAUGUAAUACUUUGACAGCUAACAUUAUAGACAGAUGACAUCAAGAAGGACGCCAUUUAGUAUCCUGUAUUUGUAUGUUUAUGCAUACCUGUAUGUACAUGUAGAUAGUACAUGUACACUUGUAUGUUACAUUAUUUUAAAACAUUUUGUUAUAAAUUGUAACCGAGUUACAAGUUUGGUUCGCCUACUGGAUAGACCUCCAAGAAGCUCAAGGAAAGUUCUCUAAUUGAUAAUUGGAGUGGAAUAUCUCUUCUGUUGAAAGGUUAUAAGAUAGCAAAUUACUACUGCAGCCAUACAGAAAAACUAGUUUGAUUUAAAUUUUACAUUCUUGGCUCAUUUUGCUAAAAUUUGAAGAUAAAGGAAACAUAACCUAACUGAAGGUAUGGAUAAGUUCAUUUGUAGUAAAGGGAUUAAUAUUGAUCAAUUUACCCGAGGCCUACAGAGAGCCUAUGCUCAGUUUUAUAUUUUAUACUCUUGUUUCCUGAGAUGCCUUAUUAUAAUAUAUAUAAUAGCAUAUUUAACAUCAAGGAUGAAUUUAGCUCCAUAUAAAAUGGAUUAAAUGCACUAUUCAGCAUUGUACUAAUGAAUAUGAAAUGAAAUUGAGUAUUGUUAUCUAUAUACCACCUGGAACUGUACAUCCUUCAACACCUAAUGACGACAUAUGACGCCGCCUCUAUAUUCCCGAUGAUGACAUAGGACUCCUCAAAUUUCUCACCUUAUCUGUAGGUAAACUGCCUAAUCCAGGAAUACUUGUUAUAUAUUGGACAAAUUAAAGAUAUUUCUCUAAUCUUUUUUGAACAAAUAAACUAAAUUUAGCAUGUCCAUUUUAAAUAAGACUUGAUUUGAAUAGGGUAAUCAACGAUACGAUAUCCUUACACAUAAAAAUUUAACAAUUUUUGCCUAGGUUUAAAUGUAUGAAAAUAGCAAGUGCGUCUUAUGUGGUCAUUAGGAAUAGGGAUGAUUUCAAAUGUAGGUGUAUAUUACCGUCUGGUAAGUAAGAACAUAGCCUUGACGGUUUUCUAUUUGAUAUUUGUAACUUAAUUAUCAGAAGAUGCAUGCAUGUUUAUCUAUAAAACUUGAAAACAAAGGCAGGCAUAGUUGUAGUUUAUUCUAGAGGUAAAGUUAAAUAUCUUCUAUAACAAAUUUGAUAUUAUGUGUUGAGAAAUUGCUGUUAAUGUUAGAUAUUUUAGUCUUGGUAUUACACUGUACCAACACCAUUUAUACUGUCUGCAUGGAGGAUACUUGUACAUUGAAUACAUCCAACAGACAGUAGUUAUUUUGAUCUAUAAAGAUUGAAAAAAAUGAAUAAACAUUUUAACACUGAA